AGGAGCGGUGGGAGGCCAGGGAGGCGGCACCUGGGCGCGGUGAUGUCAGCCCAGCGCGGCGCCCCGGCCCCGGCCCCGGCUCCUGCGGCGUAGGGCGCCGACCGCCGACCGCGCUGCCCGGCGGAGCCGCCACCUGUGGAGCGGCCGGGGUCAGUAUAGAACGUCUAUGAGUCAGUUCGCUAAGAACAUGCAAGAUUAGAAGAGCUGAAAAAUCAGAAUUAAACCUGCUUUUAGAAACCAUUGAGGCUGGAGUCAGCCCCUGACUAGCGUGAAAAUGAUGAGUGAUGCGAGUGACAUGCUGGCCGCGGCGCUGGAGCAGAUGGACGGCAUCAUAGCAGGUUCUAAAGCCCUGGAAUAUUCCAAUGGGAUUUUUGAUUGCCAGUCUCCCACUUCUCCAUUCGUGGGCAGCUUGCGCGCCCUGCACCUUGUGGAAGAUCUGCGAGGACUGUUGGAGAUGAUGGAAACAGAUGAGAAGGAAAGCCUGAGGUGCCAGAUCCCGGACUCCACAGCAGACGCGCUCGUUGCAUGGCUCCAGAGCCAGAUGAUGAACGGACACCUGCCUGGAAAUGGAGAUGUGUACCAAGAAAGGCUCACUCGCUUAGAGAACGACAAGGAAUCCCUCGUUCUUCAGGUAAGUGUGUUGACAGACCAGGUGGAGGCUCAGGGAGAGAAGAUUCGAGAUUUGGAGUUUUGUCUUGAAGAGCACAGGGAGAAGCUGAAUGCCACAGAGGAGAUGCUGCAGCAGGAGCUUCUGAGUAGGACAUCCUUAGAAACACAGAAGUUGGAUCUCAUGGCCGAAAUAUCUAAUCUGAAGUUACAGCUGACCUCUGUAGAGAAAGACAGACUGGACUGCGAAGACAGGUUCAGAGACACUGAGGGACUAAUGCAGGAGAUUAAUGAUUUGAGGUUAAAAGUCGGUGAAAUGGACAGUGAAAGACUCCAGUACGAAAAAAAGCUUAAAUCAACCAAAGAUGAGUUGGUGUCUUUAAAAGAGCAGCUGGAAGAGAAAGAAUGUGAAGUAAAAAGGCUGCAGGAAAGGCUGACCUGCAAGGUGCGAGGAGAUGGGGGCCAAGUUCUGGACCGAGAUGAAAAUUUUAAAAAGAAGCUCAAAGAGAAAAAUGUCGAGGUCCAAAAGAUGAAGAAGGCCGUGGAGUCUCUGAUGCUGGCAAACGAAGAAAAGGAUCGGAAGAUAGAAGAUCUCCGACAGUGCCUGAACAGGUACAAGAAAAUGCAAGACACUGUGGUUCUGGCCCAAGGCACGGAAGACACGUAUGAAAACCUGCCGCGCUCCAGCUCCAUGUCCACCUUCCUGGACGCACAGGGCUUUAGUGACUUGGAGAGAAGUCCGACUUCUACUCCAGGAAUGGGGUCUCCCAGCCGUGACCCAUUCAACUCGAGUGCUCCAGAAGAGUUUCACACCAGCGUCCUGCAGGCCUCCACCCCUUCCCUGCUGCUCGCACCUGUAGCUGUGGACAGUUCUGAAAAGUCAAAGUUGCCUACCAAGCCCGACACCUCAUUCGAAGAGAAUGAUGGAAAAGCAAUACUGGGUGCUGCUGAAGCCCCCUUGUGUGAUAGUCUUUCAACUUCGAGUCUCCAAAGAUCUAGCAGUCUAGGCAGCCGGAAGAAAGAGGCGUCCGAUGGGGAAAAGGAGUCAAUUCAGAAGCCUUCAGAGGAUAAAGCUCCAGCGGACAGCUGCAAAUUGGGGACCCUCCCUCCCAGAGCCCCAGGACAUGAAGCCUCCGUGGACGACAACCCCUUUGGCACUCGAAAAGCCAGAUCCUCCUUUGGCCGGGGAUUUUUUAAAAUCAAAAGUAACAAGAGGACAGCAAGUGCCCCAAACCUGGAUCGUAAACGAAGUGCCAGUGCACCCACCUUAGCCGAGACAGAAAAAGAGGCAGUGGAGCACCUAGAUUUGGCUGGUACAUCUCGGUCCAAAGACUCACAGGGGACCAAUCCCUUCCAGACAUCUCCAUCAUCUCCAGAUGCUAAAAAGAAGUCCCGCGGUAUCAUGAGACUCUUUGGAAAACUUAGGAGAAGUCAGUCAACUACAUUCAACCCAGAGGACAUGUCGGAGCCUGAAUUCAAAAGAGGAGGGACUAGGGCCACCGCAGGCCCUCGGCUGGGUUGGUCUCGAGAUUUGGGACAGUCUGUCGGUGACUUGGAUAUGCCAUUUGCCAAAUGGGCCAAGGAGCAAGUCUGCAGCUGGCUGGCAGAGCAAGGCUUGGGGUCCUACCUGAAUAACGGCAAGCACUGGAUCAUAUCUGGCCAGACGCUUUUGCAGGCUUCUCAGCAAGAUCUAGAGAAGGAACUCGGAAUCAAGCAUUUACUUCAUCGAAAGAAACUGCAGCUAGCCCUGCAAGCCCUGGGGUCCGAGGAGGAGACCAAUCAUGGAAAGCUGGAUUUCAACUGGGUCACUAGAUGGCUGGAUGAUAUUGGCCUCCCUCAGUACAAGCCCCAGUUUGAUGAAGGGCGGGUAGACGGGCGAAUGCUGCACUACAUGACUGUUGAUGACCUGCUGACUCUGAAGGUUGUGAGUGUGCUGCACCAUCUCAGUAUCAAAAGGGCCAUCCAGGUCCUGAGGAUCAACAACUUCGAGCCAAACUGCCUGCGGAGGCGGCCGUCCGAUGAGGUAGCGGUUCAGACAGAGAACAACAUCACCCCGUCUGAGGUUCAGCAAUGGACCAACCAUCGAGUGAUGGAGUGGUUGCGCUCAGUGGACUUGGCAGAAUAUGCCCCCAAUCUCAGAGGCAGUGGCGUCCAUGGAGGGCUCAUGGUUCUAGAGCCUCGUUUUAAUGUUGAAACUAUGGCUCAGCUGCUGAACAUCCCGCCAAAUAAGACCUUGCUGCGAAGACAUUUGGCCACCCACUUCAACCUCCUGAUUGGGGCUGAGGCUCAACACCAGAAGCGUGAUGCCAUGGAGUUGCCAGAUUACGUGCUGCUAACAGCUACUGCCAAAGUGAAGCCAAAGAAACUUACCUUUAGCAAUUUCGGGAAUCUGAGAAAGAAGAAACACGAAGAUGGGGAGGAAUAUGUUUGUCCAAUGGAAUUGGGACAGGCGUCAGGAAGUGCCUCUCAGAAGGGGUUUCAACCUGGCCUGGACAUGCGGCUGUAUGAUGAGGACGAUCUGGACCGGCUAGAGCAGAUGGAGGACUCAGAAGGCACAGUGAGACAGAUAGGUGCAUUCUCUGAAGGCAUCAACAACCUCACACACAUGUUAAAGGAAGACGACAUGUUUAAAGAUUUUGCCGCCUGCUCCCCCAGUGCCAGCAUCACAGAUGAAGACUCAAACGUUUGACCAGAGUGCCCCGGCAAGGACCAGGACCUUAAAGUCUUUCUCAGCUUUGUUCUUCAAAUACUGUGUGUCACAGGUGACAGGUUGUCUGUCCUUUAUUGUUCCAACUUCUGCUCACUCAGACAGAAGUGGAAACAGAAGGCAGGGGCACUGAAAGAUGCUGUGGAAGAUGAGACACUGGUGGAUGGAAUACGCUUGUUUUUCCUCUAUUUAAUGUAUAAGUCUGUGAUAUAUUUAAAGUGUUGCAUUUAAGAUGAGUAUUUUACCAGAGUGUUUCGUUCACAUCUCCAGGUUGGAGGGUUUGGGAGCAGCGACCAGGAUGUAAGUGAUCUGGCCACAUCAAUGCUCACUGGGCCAGCAGAUGAGUGUGUGGGCUUCAUGAUGCAUGCAGUGUGUCACCAAACACCAGCCACACCUCCACUCUUACUGUCUUAUUUUUAUAUAUUUUUCUAAAUAUGUGUAUAUAUACAGUAUAUAGAAAACAGAACUUUUAUUUUGUGACAUAAAGAAGAUGAUCAAAGAUCAUAUUAAAAACAAAGCAAAAAAGAAGAAAGCUUAGUGAUCUAAAUUUUUAUAUACCACUUGGCUCCUGAAAGACAUCAGAAUCCUCUUUUUUUUCCUCCACUGAUGCAUUUUAACAAUGUUAGUCAUUCAAGCUAAAUUAUACAUGAAAUAUACUUGAUGAUUCCACAAAAUUUUCAAGCAGUUCAAGAAUCCCAUCCUUAAUCAUGGACCCAUUGACUUUAGAAGGAAGAAUUUGAGGCCAUCCUACAUUACCACUUGAAUUCGUUCAGAUGUAUCCAUAUCUCCCUCCAAAAGUUUUUGUCAGAAUGACUUUGAAGAAAGCAAGACCAAAACAAAAGCCUUUACAGUAUUACAUUCUUAUUUUCUUCUUUGCUUAACGUACUACAUUGAAAUACUAGGCCUGCCUAGCCGUGUCAGCUGAACGUGGCCCAGGCUGUCAGUGGGGUUUUAGAUUAUUUCAGUGAGAAGUCAAGUGCUCCGCAUUUGCACAGGAGAUUCUAGUGGCUGUCCUGUUCAGUAAUGUAGCCCAUGUUCUGUCAUACGAGGCCCAAACAGAAAACAGAAGAUAAGCAAAAGCUGUUCCUGUGCCCUGUGUGCAUGUGUAUGUGUGUUCUGAGGGUGUUAAAGGCAAUCUCUUUCUCAUUCAGGGCUACAUGUAAUGAGAGCCAGCUGUGGAAAAGAUUGGGCAUUCACAGAUUGGGUGGAGGUGAGCAGUUGAGUUGAUUGUAAUGGAUUUGGUAUAACCUAUUUUUGAGUAUCAGUGGUAUCACCUUUUAUGUUCUCAGAAAGUUAUGAACUGGUCAUUGUGUAUCUUGGGACACUAACGCCUAACCAAUGAUUUGAUGCCAACAGUGAUUUGCUUUGGACACUACUGUUCAUGAUAAGUAUAUUGGGUUCUUCCUGUAUUGGAGUUUUAAUGUGAAUAAAUGACACCAUUUGGAAAGCUCAAUUUGUUAUUAGAACCUGGUUGAAAAUACCAGGAGACAGUUACAGAUGCCAAAUUUCUUAUUGUAUAGUAACAUAAUAUGUGACAAGGUUAAAAACUAUUGAUUAUAUAUUUUAUUUACAAAAUAUUACCCACUGUUGGCCUUACCUUAUGAAAAGAAAUAAAGUCACUUGAUAGUU